UGCCACAUUCUCUAGACAAAGAUCUGGAGAAAGUCCAGCUCGGCGGGGUCAAAAGGUCUGAAUUAUUGAGACGUGGCGCUGUCGGCACACGUGGAGCCAAUCUACUCACACUCACCUGUGUGCGUUGGUAGAGCUUUCAGUUCGUUCGUUCGGUGCUCGCCGGAGUUACCGAUGUGGCUCUGGGACUAUAUUAUGCUAAUCAGACAGCGACAGGAGACGCGGCACAAUGUCAGAGUUCCCCUGGUUUACCUCGGCAUAGGUGCUGUUGGUCUGUGCGCCAUCUACCUGAUCUUUGGCUGGGGCGCCCAGCUACUGUGCAACAUCAUUGGGGUUCUGUACCCUGCAUAUAUUUCCAUCCAUGCCAUCGAGUCCAGCACAAAGCAGGACGACACCAAGUGGCUGAUCUACUGGGUCACGUUUGGCAUCUUCACCGUGAUUGAAUUCUUUUCGAGUCUGCUAACAUCGGUGAUUCCCUUUUACUGGCUGCUGAAGUGUGCUUUCCUCAUCUGGUGCAUGCUGCCCACGGAACAGAAUGGUUCUACCAUCAUCUACCGCAAGCUGGUGCGACCCUACUUCCUGAAACAUCACGAAUCCGUUGACAGGAUCAUCGAUGAUGGCAUGAAGAAGGCCGCUGGAGUGCUGAAGCACGACUAGAAGGCGAAUGUGCCGUAGCUCCGACCGCUUCUCGCUUAUCCAUGCAUUUGGUUUUGGGCCUGGUCACCAACCUCACCUCGUAUUGGUUACGUUUUGCAAUAAAUUUUAAUUCUGUAUUCA